CUCAGCAGUUCUGCUUCUUACUGUCCACCAGAGCUGGAGGUCUCGGGAUAAACCUGGCCACCGCUGACACCGUCAUUAUGUAUGACUCCGACUGGAACCCCCAUAACGACAUUCAGGCUUUCAGCAGAGCGCACCGCAUCGGCCAGACUAGGAAAGUAAUGAUCUACCGAUUUGUGACCCGGGCGUCUGUAGAGGAGAGAAUCGCUCAGGUGGCCAAGACAAAGCUUAUGCUGACCCAGCUUGUGGUGCGCCCGCGGCGCGGGUCCAGCCCCGCCUCCAUGACCAAGAAAGAACUGGAGGAUAUUAUACGGUUUGGAAGCGAGGAGCUAUUUAAGGAUGAUGAAGGUGAUGGCAAGGAUGGUGAC